GUCAAAAAUGGAAACCAGUUCAAUUGUUUUCGUAUCAGAUAGAAAGAAAACGCAUCUCCAUCGUCCUUCUCUCUAAAGUCUAAACCCUACGCCACAGAAGAAGAGAGAUAUGCGUAUCGAUUCUUCACGUUGCCAUCGAAGCUCUGGGCAGUAAAAUCAUUGCUUUAACCGAUAAUGGUGGGAAUCAUGGUUUCGUAUUCUAAAGAUAGGCUUCAAGGUCUCGCGAGUUCCGCCAAAUCAGCCACGGAAUUGCCUCCGAAGCUGAACCGCUUGCGUAAUUUGCGCCGGUAUUUGCAAGGAGUCGCCUCCGUCUUCCCCACCGAGCUUCUUCCUCUCCUUUUCGACCUUCUCUCCGAUCAAUUCGGUGCUGUCCGCAAGUUUGUCGCCGAGAUACUUGGUGAAAUUGGCUUGAAAUAUGUGGAAUUUUUACCUGAAAUAGUGCCCCUUUUGAUUAAAUCUCUCAAAGACGAGACACCAGCUGUGGCGAGGCAGGUCAUAGCGUGUGGAGCUGAUCUAUUCCGUUCCACCCUCGAAAGAGUGGCAGUUCAGGGUUUGCAUUCUAGUGAGUUGGAUGAGCUUCUUGAAUCUUCGUGGACAUGGAUGGUUAAGUUCAAGGAUGAAAUAUGCUCCGUGGCUUUCCAGCAAGGAAACAGUGGUAUCAAACUAUGCGCUGUGAAAUUCGUGGAAGCGCUUAUCCUUUUGUAUACACCUGACCCUAGUGGCUCUUUGGAAUCUCCUUGUCACAAAGUUACGUGUCCUCAAGGAAUUCAAGCAGAUUUUAAUAUAUCUAUUCUUCGUGGGGGGCAUCCUCUUUUGAAUAUUGGAGACUUGUCGAUUGAGGCCAGCCAGAAAUUGGGUUUACUGCUUGAUCAGCUUAGGCACCCUGCAGCAAAAUCUCUAAAUAGCUCGACGAUUAUUGUUCUCAUCAAUAGUCUUUCAUCAGUUGCAUUGAAACGUCCUGCAAAUUGUGGACGAAUUCUGCCUGUUCUUCUGAGCUUGGAUCCCCUAAGCUUUCUCAAAGGAGUGCAUGCAGCAGCAGCAAAUCUUGCCCUGAAGACUGUAUUUCUCUCCUGCUUGAAAUGUACACAUCCCGCUGCUGCACCGUGGAAGGAUCGGUUGAAUGGUGCUCUGAAAGAGAUAGAAGGUGGCAGUCGCGCAGUCAAAGCUGAGGACCUGUUUUACAAGACUAACGGAAGCAUUCAGGACAAAGACAGUGUAGAGGAUGCAAAGGUAUCAGUGGAAGAGAAUCCUCAAUGUACAAGUUGUGUCGUUGCGGAAAGCGACUCUAGUAGGAAAAGAUCUGGAUCAGAAUACAACAUUGAUCUGAAUGGAGAUGCUUUGAGUGGAAAACGAUUAAGGAUAACACCCUCUGUAUCAGGAGAACCUACUGAAGGAUCGAAUUGUAACGAUGUUGGCUCCCUACCGCUGGUUACUUCGACGUCAACUGGACCAAGCAAUAGCAGAGGAGUCAGUGAUAGUGGACCUGUUCAGCAACUGGUUGCUAUGUUCGGAGCCUUGGUUGCUCAGGGUGAAAAAGCAAUUGGGUCUCUAGAGAUUCUUAUUUCAAGUAUUUCUGCGGAUUUGCUGGCCGAUGUUGUGAUGGCUAAUAUGCAUAAUAUAUCACCAAAUGGUUCUUCGUAUGCCGAUGGCACCGAUGAGUUGGUGAUGAACAUGUGUAUAGUUGGCAGUGAUGCACAAAUUAAAUAUCCACCAUCAUUUGUGGCUGGUGUUCUUUCACUGUCAUCUGCAUUCCCACCGAUUGCUGCCCUGAUAAAUCCUCACAUUCCGAAAACUGAAACUGAAGGUGAAGAAUUCUGUCCUGAUCAGGUGGACCAGCAGAUGUUUCCAGCUGAAGAUGCAGUUCUUGCAACUGGCUUAUCAGCCUCUUCUGAUACUUCUUUUCCAGUAAAUGAAGAUAUCUUGUUGCCACCAAAUGUGCAUUACAUAGGGAAUAUAGAAAGUGGCAUACCUGGACUGGAUUCUUCUGCUCAACAUGAUGUAUUAUCAGAAGCCCCUGUUACUUCUGUAUUGGGUUUUACGAAUGUGGAGGAUGCUAGCAAGAAUCAAAAUGCGAGUUUGAGUGGAGAACUUAUUCUCGACGUGAUUCCCUCAGCAUCAGUAGAUAAGUCUGAGGAAUUUAGUCCAAAGGCGACUGGCACAGGUUCUAACAAUGUGGUAUCCUCAACGGCAACUUCACUUUCUUCUACGCCUCAGUUUGUGUUGCCUAAGAUAUCAGCACCUGUUGUUGACCUUUCUGAUGAAGAGAAAGACAGUUUGCAGAAGCUGUUGUUUUUGCGCAUUGUUGAAGCAUACAAGCAAAUAUCGAUGUCUGGUGGUUCACAACUUCGCUUUUCUCUUCUUGCUCAUUUAGGAGUUGAGUUUCCUUCAGAAUUAGACCCUUGGAAAAUAUUACAGGAGCACAUCCUUUCGGAUUAUUUGAGUCAUGAGGGACAUGAGUUGACUGUGCGGGUUCUUUACAGGCUUUACGGAGAGGCAGAAGCAGAACAAGAUUUCUUCUCGUCAACUACCGCUGCGUCUGCAUAUGAAAGUUUCUUGUUGGCUGUGGCUGAAGCACUUAGAGAUUCUUUUCCACCGUCUGACAAAUCUUUAAGUAAAUUGCUUGAAGAUUCUCCAUUUCUGCCGAAAUCCGUUCUGAAGUUAUUGGAAUCGUUUUGCUGUCCUGAAAGUUGUGACAAAGUUGAAAGAGAUUUACAAAGCGGAGACCGUGUUACUCAAGGUCUCAGUGCUGUUUGGAAUCUGAUUUUAAAGAGAUCUGGAAACCGGAAUGACUGCCUGAAGAUUGCUUUGCAGAGUGCUGUUCAUCACUUAGAAGAGAUUCGCAUGAAAGCAAUCCGACUGGUGGCAAACAAGCUCUAUUCUUUACCAUCCGUCACGCAACAGAUUGAGGAAUUUGCAAAGGACAAGCUAUUUUCCGUUGUGAGUUGCGUUUCUUCAGAAAGAGGGGAUGCUGAAACAUUGAUGGAUGAUUGUAAAAAGCCGUUGAAUGGUGUGGGUAUAGAUUCGUCCUCAGAAGUAACAUCAUCAACUUCAGUUACCGAAGCUCAACGCUGUUUGGCACUCUAUUUUGCUCUGUGCACAAAGGCUAUUCAUCGUCAAAUCCCAAUACUAGUUCGUACAAUGGGCUCGUCAUCUGAGCUUCUUAGAAUUAUUGCAGACCCACCGAGUGGGAGUGAGAACCUUCUAAUGCAGGUUCUACAAACCCUUACAGAGGGUCCCACGCCUUCUUCGGAGUUGAUACAUACUAUAAGAAAGUUGUUUGAUACAAGAAUAAAGGAUGCAGAAAUUCUUAUCCCAAUCUUGCCGUUUCUGCCAAGAGACGAUGUUCUACGCGUUUUCCCCCAUCUGGUCAAUCUUCCUAUGGAGAAAUUCCAAGUUGCACUCUCUCGUGUCCUGCAGAAGUUUGAUCUGCUCACACUAGAAUUUGGUUCUCAGGGAUCAUCUCAGUCUGGCCAAGUACUUUCUCCAUCUGAAGUUUUAAUUGCUAUCCAUAGCAUUGACCCAGCGAGAGAUGGAAUACCGCUUAAACAGGUCACAGAUGCAUGCAAUACCUGUUUCGCACAAAGGCAGACAUUCACUCAACAGGUUUUAGCCGGCGUUUUGAAUCAACUGGUCCAGCAAAUACCACUGCCAAUGUUGUUCAUGCGUACAGUUUUACAAGCUAUCGGUGCUUUUCCAGCUCUGUCGGACUUCAUCCUGGAGAUCCUUUCUCGUCUCGUUAGCAAACAGAUAUGGAAAUAUCCGAAACUGUGGGUAGGAUUUUUGAAAUGUGCACAGUCAACACAGCCUCAAUCAUACAAGGUCUUACUACAGGGAACACAUACGAGUCAAGUGCAAGCGAGUGAGACACAAACGAGCCAGUCUCAGCAAGUUUCUGUACCAUCAAGUCACUCUCACCAGGAAACCAGUGAGGUAGCUGCCAGUCAGUCUCAAAGCAGUCCUAUUGGUACCGGCCAGUCUGAAACGACUCAGCCUCAACGCAGUCCUAUUGGUACCGGCCAGUCUGAAACGAGUCAGCCUCAAAGCAGUCCCAUUGUUGCUGGCCAGACUGAAAUGAGUCAUUCUCAAAGCAGUCCCAUUGGUGCGGGCCAGUCUGAAACGAGUCAGUCUCAAAGCAGUCCCAUUGGUGCGGGCCAGUCUGAAAUGAGUCAGUCUCAAAACAGUCCCAUUGGUGCGGGCCAGUCUGAAAUGAGUCAUGCCACCCAAGUGUCGGACUCGGAUCCUCCAGCGCCAACGAGCCAUUCCCAGACAUCAGAUUCGCAAGUGUCAAGCCAGACGCAGCCAUCAGAUGAGAAGCUAGACGAUACAGCAACUUCGGAAAACGAGAUGACGGAAGUUGAGAAAUUAAAGGAAUCUUCUGCAGAAGAAGAAGAAGAAGAGGAAGAGUGA